AGAAGGAAUUUAAGCGGUUUGUUCGGCGCAGCAGAUGGUGUCCGGUGUGCAUCAAGCAGCGCAUGGGAGUACACAGCGAGGCCUACAAUAUGUCCAAAAACUCAACGUCUCGAUCGUCGUCAACACCUCAGCGCUUCAGCCGCUGGUGGAGCGUUGUGCGCACCUUCCACAAGAAGUCCAACUCCUCCUUCUCAACCAGCCUGGACAGAGGGCAAAUCGUGAUGUACCACAACGUGAAGAA